CUUUUGUGUAGCGAACAUUAACGGACAGCGAUGGUGAAGAUGCCACGGAGCUGGCCAACGAAGCGGACGGCGCCGCCUGAGGAGGACGCGUCCCCCUCCAAGCGCCGCCGGGGGGGGAGGCAGGCUGUUCCGGCGAGCGCUUGCGACCCCCAGCAAGGAAAGUCGAGAGUCUUGAAGGAGUGUCAAGUGGAUGCGGUCUUGAGGCAAAAGUACCCCAGGGCGACGGUGCACCAGGACUAUUCAUGCCUUCUGAACUAUGCGAACGUAAGGAGGAACAUGAAUAAAUUUUAUAUCAUUCAGAUUAUCAAAAAGGCGAGGAAAUACAUCUGUUUUACGCGCUGGGGAAGAGUGGGAGAGAGAGGAACAUCGUUUGAGUAUAAUGGAACAAACAAGGCGGAAGAUGCGGUGAAGAAAUUCAAGGAAAUCUUCAAAAGUAGAACCAGAAAUAACUGGGACAAGAGACACGCCUUCAGGUCCUACUACCGGCGACAAUACACCUGGAUUGAAAUAGAUGACGAGGAAAAAGGGGGCGGCGGUUCUUGCAACUUGCACCCGAGGACUUGCAAGCUGAUCAGACUCCUCCACGCGGAGGAAAUUCUGUGCAACAAUAAUAGAGAGGACAAUAGACUCCCUUAUAAAAUCAGCCAGCUUCAGUGCCAGAAAGGACUGCGAGUUCUAGACGAAAUCGAAACAGCUCUUAGUCGAAAAAAGCCCAAAAAAAUGCUACGGGAUCUCUCAUCCAAGUUCUUCAGCCUUAUUCCGCACAAAUUUCUUUACGAAAAACUUCCCUUCUUGGACACGGUCGAGGUUUUGGCGUCGAAGAGGGAGAUGCUGUUGGAGUAUUCGAAAGUGAAGGACAGGGUUGCCUCAGGCUUCCAUGCAACGAACGAGCUUUACGAUCAGCUGAGAUGCGACCUUCAGCGAGUGUGGGAGACGUCGCCUGAAUUUAAGCUGAUCAGCAAAUUCGCAGCUGCCUCGAAAUCCACGAACGGGCGGCGCAUUGUGGACCUCUGGAGGGUUGAACGCAAAGGGGAGAAGGAAAGAUUCGCCCCGCACGCCGGCCUCCCGAACCGGAAGCUGCUUUGGCACGGGACGAAGGCCUGGUGCGUCGCCGCCAUCCUCAGGCAAGGGCUGAGGAUCCUGCCGCACUCGGGGGGGACCUUCGGGAAGGGGCUCUACUUCGCCUCCGAGUGCGAGAAGAGCGCAGGCUACGCGUCCACCUGCAACUUCGAGGGCGAGAGAGUCUCCUUCAUGUUCCUGGUCGAGGUCGCCCUCGGGACUCCGUUCGAGACCGCGCAGAGCGACUCGUCUCUGACAAGGGCGCCGGCGGGCUACGGCAGCGUCGUCGGGAGGGGGAGGACGGAGCCGGAUCCCCAAGGCGACAAGACGUUGGCACUGGACGGGCACGAGGUCACGGUGCCGGCCGGCGCGCCCGUCCCCCAGCAGGAGUGGUCGGGCAGCAGUGUUGCCAAGAGCGAGUAUCUCAUUUACCAGGAGAGCCAAGCGCGGCUCAGAUUCCUCAUUAAGUUCUCGUCCCGAUGACGUCUUUAUCUCUCUUUUUUUAUUUUCGUCUCUGUAAAUUGUGCUUGGCUGUUCCUUUUUAUAUUCAAUGUGGGUCAUAGAUUGAAUUCUUUAUAGCCUUUGAGGGAUAAAUGUUUAUUCACA